AUGGAGAUCCCGAAGAUCAACCAGAUCAGGGACGCAGUGCAGCAGGCGGGGCUGGAGCUGGACUUUCAGCUGCCCCAGAUCUGCGUGGUGGGAGGCCAAUCCGUGGGCAAGUCUUCUUUGCUCGAGGCGGUGGUGGGUCGUUCCUUCCUGCCCACCGGCACCGGGGUGGUCACACGCAGGCCGCUGAUCCUCCAGCUGAUCCAUGGGACUGAUAGCGCGGAGUGGGGCGAGUUCGGGCACAAGCCGGGGCAUCGCUUCUUCAACUUCGAAGAGAUUCGCACGGAGAUUGCGGCAGAGACGGACCGCCUCUGUGGCAGAGCGAAGGCGCUCUCUGCCACGCCCAUCGUCCUACAGGUGACCUCGCCGCGGCUCAUCACCCUCACCUUGGUGGACCUUCCGGGCGUGGCCCGGGUGCCGGUGGGCGACCAGCCGGAGGACAUUGAGCUGCAGAUCCGCCAAUUGAUCCUCAGCCACAUUCAGAACCCGCAAUGCUUGAUUUUGGCGGUGGCGGCGGCAAAUGCCGAUCUCGCCACCGCCGACUCGUUGGCCCUUGCGCGGGAGGUGGAUCCGAAGGGUGAGCGCACCCUGGGUGUCCUCACCAAGAUGGAUUUGGCCGCCCAAGCUGCGGCUUCAGCCGCCGAUGUGCUUGAGGGCAAAGUGUACCCGCUGGCGCUGGGCUUCGUUGGGGUGGUCUGCAAGGAGGCUGUGGAUCAAGCAGCCGAGGAGAAGUUCUUUCGGGAGCAUGCCGUCUUCAAGGGUCCAGCGCGCCGCUGCGGGGUCCGGCAUUUAUCGAGCCUGCUACACAGGAUUCUGCUGGAAAAGAUCUGCGAGGUGUUGCCCAGCAUCCGCUCGCAGGCGCAGCAGAUGUGUCACAAGCUGGAGUCGGAGUUGCAGGGCUACGGCGAGCCUUUGGACAGUCAGAGCACUGGCGAGAAAGGCGCGCUUUUGCUGAGCCUCUUCGCAAAGUUCGCUGGCCGCUUCGGGGACACCGUGGAGGGGCGCCUGUCCGCGCAACCCCUGGAGGGCCCUCCUGGGCAGCUGGUCGGCCGGGCCCGCAUCGACUACCUCUUCCGGGACGUCUUUGCGAGGACCAUUCGAGAAUACGACAGCUUCGCGGGUCUCACAGACGAGGAGAUUCGGGCAGCUCUUCGGAACGCAACGGCGCCACAAGCAAAGCUCUUCGUGCCCGAGGCCGCCUUCGAGCAGUUGGUGAGGCGCCAGGUCGCAAAGCUGCAGGCGCCUUCGAUUCAAUGUGCCGAACUGGUGUUCGACGAGCUGCAGCGUGUGCUGGUGCUCUCAGAGCUGCCGGAGUUCCGGCGCUUCGCGCGGCUGCGGCAGCAGGUCUUGGGCGCAGGGCAACCCAGACUUCUGUCAUUGGAGGUGGCCAAAGACAUCCUGCGGCGCUGCCUGGAGCCCACCACCUCCAUGAUCCGGGACCUGGUGGCCAUUGAGAUGGCCUACAUCAACACCAGCCACCCGGACUUUGCGCAGAUGGGCGCGCUGCGCCCCGCCAAAGAGCCGGAGGUGAAGGCAGUGACGCCUCGGGACGCGGGCGUGGAGGAAGCCACCAGUACAGGCGACGUGACUUCCACCACAUCCAGCUCCAACAUAGGCGGAGGCCUGCUGUCUGCGCUCUUCCGGCGCCAGGCCUCCGCAGGACGAGUUCGGCAAGGUCCAGAGGCCACGCCGUCUCCGCCUGCAAGCCCCAGACCAAAGUUCCGGCAGCUGCAAUCCGAACCUCUUGCGCCUGGUGGUGGGCCAAAGCUGCCACACCUGUCGCAGAACAUUGACACCAGCGCUACUCCCCCCAACGAAAGGGAGCGAGUCGAGGUGAACAUCAUCAAAAGGCUCAUUGAGAAUUACCUGGCCUUGGUCAAGAAAAAUAUCGCAGAUUCCGUGCCGAAGGCGAUCAUGUUCUUCUUGGUGAGUGGCGCAGGUGUUUCUGCAGAUCGAGCAGUAAGCUCCUUGAAAGAUGCCAUCCAGAGCGAGUGCGUGACACGGUUGUACAAAGAAGAGCUCUACGACAAUCUCCUUUGUGAAGGUAAUGUGGAGAGCCACCGGAUUCAGUGUCGGGCCAAGCUCAAAGGGCUGCACCGUGUGAUCGAGGUCAUGGAUCAAGUCCGAGAUUAG